GAAGCCAGAAACAUUUGUGUUGAUAAUCUGAUUUUGCACUCACUAUCAGCUAUCAAAUAUAUUUGCUCUCUUUCUCCGUUUCCAUUCUCGCCUCUAUCAAAUUGCAGAUCUACUUAAUCGGUUUUUCAAGUAAAUGGCGUUGGUCACCACAGCUGAAGUGUGUGAUGCAAACCCACAGUUAAUUUUGGGUGGGGAGCUUCGUGCCCUUCAGCCAAUUUUUCAGAUAUAUGGUCGUCGACAGGUCUUUUCUGGACCUAUAGUGACCUUGAAGGUGUUUGAAGACAAUGUUUUGGUUCGUGAGUUCCUUGAAGAGAAAGGCAAUGGAAGAGUGCUUGUUGUUGAUGGAGGUGCAAGUUUACGCUGUGCAAUAUUAGGUGGCAACCCUGUGGUACAAGCUCAAAACAAUGGAUGGGCAGGUAUUAUUGUGAAUGGAUGUAUAAGAGAUGUGGAUGAGAUCAAUGGUUGUGAUAUUGGGGUGAGAGCUCUAGCUUCCCAUCCCAUGAAAGCAAACAAGAAAGGCAUGGGAGAAAAGCAUGUUCCCGUAAAUAUUGCUGGGACAAGGAUCUGUGAUGGGGAAUGGCUUUAUGCAGACACAGAUGGAAUUCUGAUUUCUCGAACGGAGCUGUCUGUUUGAUUCCAAUUCAUGAAUACUUCUUGUGAGGGCUAUAUUUAUGGGCAGCAUGUCCUGGCGUAGUGCUUUCAGUAAUUAUGCUCUUAUUAGCUUCCACAAAAUUGUAUUGUUAUUAAUCCCCUUGAUAAUGAAAGUAGGAUGGAUUGUAUUAUCCAUUUCAUACCAACUUCUACUCUCUUUCGAUUUGCUGUCACGAGAACUUUUCCCCCAUAAUUAAGUUAUAACAGUUGUGUCUGUUGCCAAGUUUGGAGAGAUCUAAGUGCGAAGUAUAUACAUAUUCAUAUUUGGAUAAACGCUGUUAUUGUCUUU